GCUAGGCGCCAUCACGUGACCGGUGGCUAGGCGGGAACCCUCGCUAUUGUGACAGGUGGAGAGCUCAGUGUGGGCUGUGGAGGUGGCAGUGGUGGUAGACGUGUGUAACUAGUGGAGAUUAGGGAGUGUUACUGCAAGAUAUACUGGGUUCCGAGAGGAACAAGCGUGAUUGGAGAAGCUGUAUAUACAAGACCACAAUCAUUCCAAUCACUUCCCUCGCCCCUCUACGCCUCCACCACGCCCUCCCAGACACCUCCAGGCCGCCACGAGAUGUAUAAGGAGGUGGACGCGAUGUGGGCCAAGGUCUUGUCUCUCAACACACUUGCGCCACAGUACAGGGGGCAGAAUAACACGGAAGUAGAAGCACAAGUGGGAGGAGACGCUAGGCUGAGCUGCUACACGUAUCAUUUGUCUGACGAAAAGGUGGCGUGGCUGAAGAGGGACAAUGACCAGCUUCUGACGGUGGGGCAGGAGGUGUACGCAGCAGAGAGGAGAUUUUCAGUAGCGCACGCCGAUCACACCGAGGCAUGGGAACUCUGGGUAAAGGACGUGCAGGUGACAGACGCAGGUCAAUAUGAGUGUCAGCUGACCACUAAUCCUCCUGUGUCCUUCUUCUUCACCCUCACUGUCUCUCAGGCCAAGGCAGCAGUGACAGGAGCCUCAGAAGUCUUCAUAGAGGAGGAUUCCCAGCUUGCUAUACAGUGUUACGUCAAUGAAGCACCAGCACCACCUAUAUACAUCUUCUGGUUCCACAAUAACACCAUGGUAAACUACGCUAGACAACACCACAUACAGGUACACCACAAAAACUACACCAGUACUCUGCAGGUGGCCAGGGUGAAGAAGACAGACGCUGGUACCUACACGUGUCAACCACAUCUGGCCACCCCUGCCAACGUGACUGUGCAUGUUGUGACAGGCGAGCACCCAGCGGCAAUGCAACACGGAGGGACACACGAGGAAGGGGGUGUGCCUACAGCAAGCCACGCCCACACACGCCCGCACGCCCACCAGCUUCUCAUCCCACGCCUUCUCCUCGCCUUCUUAGUAAUUGUCAGGUAGUUAGAAAUUCUGUGUGUGUGUGUGUGUGUGUGUGUGCUGAUGAUGAUGAUUACUAUAGCAUUAUUAUAUUUACCUGAGCGUUUUACCUGUCUAGUUAUUGUCAAUGCCUUUAUUUACAUCACCUAUACAAUUACCUGGAAUUUGCCUACCUGUUCAUUAAAGAGUUACCUUGCAA